UGGGUCUCCAAAAGACACACAGAACUCAAGGAGACAAGAUGACCAGCCAGUCCCAGGGAAUCCAGCAACUUUUGCAGGCAGAGAAACGUGCCAAGGACAAACUCGAAGAAGCCAAAAAGAGAAAGGGAAAGAGGCUAAAGCAAGCCAAAGAAGAAGCCAUAGCAGAGAUAAACCAUUACAGAUUACAGAGAGAGACGAAUUUCAGACAAAAGCAAACCAAUAUAAUGGGCUCUCAGGGUAACUUAUCAACAAAAAUAGAUGAAGAAACUGCAACAAAGAUCCGGGAUCUUACUAGUCACUACUGUAAGAACAUGGAAAGCAUGAUGGGACAUCUUUUGGACAAGGUCUUUGACAUCAAUCCAGAAAUCCACCCAAAUUACGCAUAUACUAUUUAAACCAUUUUGUGGUAAUGUUUUGGAAAGUGUACUGAUGGUUUUGCCAUUAGACAGGGUAAUGUGGUUUACCUAAACUGGCAGAUUAUAAAAUACCA